CCCAGUUUUUUUUUCCACUCAUUUCAUCCAUCAUUCAUAAUGAGUUACGGUCGUCCUCCAGGUGUUGAAUCCUUCUCUGGAAAGCCUCCCGCUCUUGGAAGCUUUCCUCUAGAUCACGAAGGUGAAUGCAAGGAUUUCAUGAAGGAAUAUAUCAAAUGCCUCAGAGCAAACAAGAACAACAAUGGAGCCUGUCGCGAGUUCUCUCGGGCUUAUCUUCAAUGCCGAAUGGACAACGGUUUGAUGGCGCAGGAUGACAUGAAAAACCUCGGAUAUCAAGACGCUAGCAAACAACCAGCCAGCGGAGAGCCCAAAACAUGAGCACACACAGUUACGAAGUGUGUGUAGAACGAAAAAGCUUACUGUGAGCAUAGUACAGUAUCUUGUGUAUCAUAGCCCCCGUUCAGUUGGUAGUAGAAUCAUUUCUUACAACGUAGUCCAUGUAAAAUGUGAAGCCUGAAGAGACAAUCUAAAAGCAUAGAUAAGAUUAGCCCAUAGAAGUGUCAUUCUUAAUAGAAUUUGAAAAACUGUUGCAUACCCAUCCAACACUGCUCAAUAUCCAGUCUGAGAA